AUGGAGUCUACUGGAGAGAUCGCCGAGCCAAUGGCAAAAGGCGUCAUUGCCACGGCCAAACAGUCAUUUGGUGAUCUUUUCAAAUGGAAGCAACGCGUUGAGAUUACGAACGAGUUUGGCGAGACGCAUACUGAGUGGCAGAAACCAUUGCCAUUGGCGAAUCCCUUCUCACUUCUGCGACAAUUGUCCGCAUCAAACUGGCUGUUCUUCAUCGUCGGCKUUGCAUCAUGGUCUGCUGAUGCUUUUGAUUUCCACGCGCUGUCAAUUCAGACCACUAAGCUGGCCUCAUACUUUGAAACCUCAAACACCAACAUCACUACUGCCAUCACCCUCACCCUCCUCCUUCGAUCUGUCGGCGCGGCAUUCUUUGGUCUGGCCGGUGACAAAUAUGGACGAAAAUGGCCCAUGGUUAUCAACAUGAUCGUUCUUGGAGUGUUGCAAAUUGCUACCAUCUACGCAAAGACCUUCAACCAGUUCUUGGCCGUUCGCGCGCUCUUUGGCUUGUUCAUGGGUGGUGUGUAUGGAAAUGCCGUCGCCAUGGCUCUCGAGAACUGCCCUAUCCAGGCCAGAGGUCUCAUGAGUGGAAUCAUGCAACAGGGCUACUCUUUCGGUUACGUCUGCGCCGCGUGUGCCAAUCUGGGUGUUGGUGGAGCUGUCGAGACCUGGAAGACUGUCUUCUGGAUCGCAGCAGGCUUGUCGAUUGCCGUCGGUUUCAUUCGAAUCCUCUUCCCUGAGAGYCAGCAGUUCCGCGAGCGCAAGGCAGCUGGCCACAAGAGUGCAUCUCCCGCCGUGUUCUGGAAUGAGACGAAGAGAAUGUUGGGACAGGAGUGGAAGAUGUGCAUUUACUGCAUCAUUCUGAUGACCUGGUUCAACUUCUACUCCCACACCAGCCAGGACAGCUACACCACUUUCAUGAAGACCCAAAAGGGUAUGGGCAACCACGAUGCCAGCAUCGCAUCUAUCCUGAUGAAGACUGGCGCAUGCGUUGGUGGAACUGUCAUUGGAUAUCUCUCCCAGUGGGUCGGUCGACGACGAGCAAUGGUCGGAGCUGCUUUGAUUAGCGGAUGCCUCAUCCCCGCCUGGAUUCUUCCCGGAAGCAUGGGAUCUCUCUCUGCCUCUGGCUUCAUGAUGCAAUUCUUCGUCCAGGGCGCAUGGGGAGUAAUUCCUAUCCACCUCAACGAGCUGUCCCCACCAGCCUUCCGGUCGACCUUCCCAGGUCUCACCUACCAACUGGGCAACAUGAUCUCCAGCCCCAGCGCUCAAAUCGUGAACGCCAUCGCCGAGUCAACUUUCGUCAAGGAUGUCGGUGGACCUCGUGUGGACGCCUAUGGCCCUGUGAUGGGAGUCGCUACUGCCAUCAUCGCCGUUGGUAUCGCCGUCACGGCAGCUUUCGGACCUGAGAAGAGGGGUUCCCGAUUCGAGAAUGCUGUUAUUGGACAGCAGACGGAAGCCAUGGAGGCGAAUGCCAAGGUUGAUGCGCUGGAGGCCGGGGAGAAGAAGAGUGAGAGUGUGCAUCAGGUUGAGGUCUCUGAGAAGAAGAUCUAG